UUGGCCAAGUACCUGUCAAUGGCCCACAGUGUCGUUUCCGAUGUCGUCGUUUCAAUCAUCUUGCUCAAUAUGAAGUUCACAUGCAUGUAGCAUGGUUUCCCAGUAUGCGUGUAGUCGGGUGGAGAUGAGCGAGUGCCAUUUGAAAGCAUGCUCUUGUGCAUCUGGACAAAGUCAUCCUUCGUCAGCGGACGCAUAUCGGCUUCAAGGCGCAGGAUGUAAACCCAAAUCUGCGCACGUCCGCCCGCAUUCAUGUUCGAGGCAAUGUCCAGCCCGCAUUGCAGCCAGUGCAGCAUCCUUCCCUCGGCUUUUCUCUAUGGAUUCAGCGCGGGCUACGCCAUAGUGCAUGCACAGCAACUCCGAGAUUGCUAGAUUGAUCCAUAC